CUCUUUCUCUUUCUCUCUCUCUAAAUCUCUCACACAUCACUCAAUGGCAUUCAUGAAACCUAAUAAUUUCCUUCUUCUCUCCUUCUUGCUUUGCUUGACAUCAUGUUUGGCCCUCCCCAGAGACUUCUCCAUCAUCGGUUACUCGGAAGAUGACUUGAGCUCGCACGACACGCUUAUCAACCUUUUCGAGUCGUGGAUGUCGAAGCACGACAAGUUCUACGCAAGCUUCAAAGAGAAGAUUCGGAGAUUCGAGAUCUUCAAGGACAAUUUGAAGCACAUCGACGAGACGAACAGGCAGGCGAGCAGUUACUGGCUUGGUUUGAACGAAUUUGCAGACUUGAGCCACGGCGAGUUCAAGGAGAGGUAUCUCGGAGUGAGGACCGACUUAGCGCAGAAAAGAGGAAUAGUCGAUUCUGGAUCCUUUCGGUAUGCAGAUGUCACAAACAUACCAAAGUCAGUAGACUGGAGAAAGAAGGGAGCAGUUACUCAUGUAAAGAACCAAGGCAGUUGCGGUAGUUGCUGGGCAUUUUCGACGGUGGCGGCCGUCGAGGGCGUAAACCAGAUCGUGACGGGAAAUUUGACGUCGCUGUCGGAGCAGGAGCUGAUCGACUGCGACAAGCCAGACAACAACGGCUGCAACGGCGGGCUGAUGGACUACGCAUUCACGUUCAUCGUUGGCAACGGCGGACUCCGCACCGAAGACGACUACCCUUACCUGAUGGAAGAAGGCACCUGCGAGCAGCAGAGGGCUGAUCUUGAGAUGGUGACCAUCACCGGCUACGAAGACGUGCCGGAGAACGACGAAACAAGCCUCCUCAAGGCUCUCGCGCAUCAGCCUAUCAGUGUUGCCAUCGAGGCUUCCGGCAGGAACUUCCAGUUCUACAGCGGGGGUGUUUUUGAUGGACCAUGUGGGACUGAUCUAGAUCAUGGAGUUGCAGCCGUCGGAUACGGAUCAUCGAAGGGCCAGGAUUACAUCACAGUGAAGAACUCAUGGGGCCCAAGAUGGGGGGAGAAGGGGUACAUAAGGAUGAAAAGAAAAACAGGAAAAGAUGAGGGGCUUUGUGGCAUAAACAAAAUGGCUUCUUAUCCAACUAAGGAUACAUAAAAGAGGGUGUUUAUUAAUUCCUAAUUCCUAUCCUUAUAUUUGUGUCACUUUUAUUUUUCAUAAAAAAACCCUUUUAUUUUUCUUUUGGGUUUUCAUUAAGUUCAAUGUAAUCUUUUGAUUUGCUUUACUUGUGAAUAAAAAAUGGCAUUAAUAUUA